AUGGAAGUGUCGUGCAUUGACGAACAAUGUACAGUAAAGAAUAAGACGGCUGUCGUGCAAGUAUUGGAUCGAUGCCCCGAGUGCGCAUACGGAGCUAUUGAGUUGUCGCCGAUGGUGUAUAUGGAAAUUACGGGCUUAGAACCCAACCGCGUCACGUUGCGUUGGCGAUAUGUGGACUGUCCAGACGCGGGAAAUGUUCAAGUAUGUCUGAAAGAAGGCAGUAGUCCUAACUGGAUCGCAGUGCAGCCGACUAACGGCCUUGACGGCGUUGAGAGCGUCACGAUCAAUGAUGGUACUUACUCGCUCACGGCAGGCAAAUGCACGGACACCAAUAAACAAUUUAGCAGUGGCAUUGUUUCGCAGUCACAGCUGCAGACAACUCCAACCGCGAUGACAGUUCCAGUUAUAACACCUGCCCCGAUCAGUAUGACUGCCACUGCGACAUCUAGUUCGACUGAACCACAAACUUCCGGUAGCGCGUUCAGUAAGACCGGUCAAAAUACGCAGCUUAGCGACAUCUUGCAGCACGAACAGAGUCCUCAGCAUGCUAGCGAAGCCUCACCGUCUGCUACGAAACCUGUCGCUACCCUAGCCACUUCCGAAGAUACGUUGAUUGCUCCAGAAACUAAGGAAGCAAGCACGGAGGCUCCUUUGAAAGCUACGAAAGUCAUUUCUGAGGACAAAACAGCUUCGACAAACGUGACAACUCCGUCCAGCAAUACUUCCAAGUGUCGCGUGAAAGGCCGCCAUCGCCGUAACUGA